UGUUUACGGAAAUUGUGAAAUAAUAACGAUUUGUGAUGGUAAAAAAUGGGCCGAUUGGAGGCCGAUAAUCUCAUUUUUAAUCCGUUAGGAUAAAUGAAUGAUUGGUGCAAGUGUUAACGGUCCUUUAGCCAGGCGGAUAAAUGGCUUGGAUAGAUUACGAGCCAGCAAUGUAAACCGUGUUCGUGUCAUCGCAUUUAUCCCGCUGAAUACAAUGAACAUUUCUCUCACUGACCUUGCUGUUGGGGACGCAUGCCGUGAUGGAAAUGCUGAACGUCUGAGGGAGCUCUUGCAAGAGGUGGAGAGGCAUCCAGUUGGUGCAUACAUGGGGACCUGUCUUCGCAUUGCAGCGGAGAAAGGCUUUUCUGAUCUAGUCGGCAUUCUUCUUGAGUACUUUAUAACUCAAAACAGGGCACGAUGUAUCAAUUCUGUAGAUCGGUACGGUAUCACUGCCUUGCACUUGGCCUGCUCAAAUGGGCACCAUGAGGUGGUGGAUGUACUGAUGCGCUAUGGCGUGAAAGUGAACUACCCCCAAUCAAGUAAUAGUCCGCUCCAUGCUGCCUGCUCUGCUGGUCAUGUCUACGUUGUCAAGUCGUUGUUAGAUCAUAAUGCUGAUGUGAACGUGGGGAGCAUAACGCCGCUGUACAAUGCUUAUUCAGAGGAACACUUGGAGGUGGUCAAGCUGCUUGUGGCCAACGGUGCUGUUUGCAAGAAAGACUUAAUGAGUGAUAUGCAUUUGUACAGCUAUCUUGGACAGGCUGAUAAAAUCAUUGAGUGUGCAAUGUGUGAUAAAGAGUCUAUUAACUGUAAAGAUUUAUCUGGAAAGACUCCAUUGCAUGUGGCAUGCAUGCAUGGACAUGUUCAUGCGGUCAGACAGCUUUUAAAGUUGGGUGCUAGCGUUGAGAUGCGGGAUAAGGGUGGGUGGACUGCCCUCCACCAUGCGGCUGACAGGGGCUACAAUGAAGUCAUCAAGCCUCUGUUGAAACAUGGUGCUCAUGUUGACUGUAAAGACAACUACAAGGACACCCCACUUCAUCGUGCCUGCCAGAAAACGCAUGCAGAGACCGUCAAAUUGCUUCUUGAAGCAGGUGCAAGCAUUCACACCAAAGAUUGGUUUGGAAGGACAACAAUUCAUGAUGCCCUUCACCCAGAAAUUGUCCAUAUCCUCUGCGCAUACGGUGCCAAUCCUAAUACGAAUGACAAUGCUGGGCAGUUACCUCUCCAUCGGGUCUGUUUCACUGGGGAUGUUGAGGUAGCCACAGCUCUGAUAGAAAACGGUGGGUUGGUUGAUGCAAGGGAGUCUGGUAGUCAGUGUACACCAUUGCAUCUAGCUAUCAAGAAUCGACAUGUUUCUCUUGUCAGUCGCCUGCUUGAAAAAGGUGCAAAUCCUAAUAUUCCCAUUGGCGAUUUAGGUACAAGUUGCCUUCACUAUGCUUGUGGUCUUGGUCUGACAGAUAUCGUCUUGACAUUGCUGAAAAAUGGUGCAAUCCCAGAUGAAAUGACAGGUGAUCAGACUAGAUUUAACAGCCCUUUGAUUGCCAUAUUGCAGUGUGCCAGUAUUCUGAAAAAGCGUCCUCAUGUCGUGUUUCCAAUCGUUGAUGCUCUCAUCGAUGCUGGGUGUCGUUUAGAUGGAUUGAAGGAUACUGAUAUCUUGCUGGAGAAAUAUAAAAUGUUCAAAACCAUCUGCCAGUACCUGGUCAUGAUGACCUGUGGAGUUGACCACUAUGUCGGCAAAAUGCUCUACUCCUAUGCUUGGCAACAAAAAGACUAUGAACUUCUAAACAUCAUUGCAUCCUGUAAUGACUCUACGUUGCCACUAGUCCUACCCGGUGACGAGUCGGCAAGUCUAGUUGAACAGCCCAUACCAUUGAAAGAUAUCUGUCGCACUGUCAUUCGGUCAACGAUUUGGAGAAAUUCUGUAAACACACCAAUCACUGCUCCAGGCAGCAGUGGCAUGCGCUUGUCUAGGCCUAGAAAGAGUUUCUUUUCACGGAUAAAGUCUAUCAUGCGACAAAAGAAGCGGCCUUCUGUGCGGCUGACUGAUAGUGAUAGGAUUAAGAGGGCGAUACCUUUUCCUCUUCUGCAAACCCUGCCGUUGCCAGAUUCAAUCAUAAUGUACUUGGGCUUUAGAGACUUUGAGAAAUACGCCCUGCUUGAAUUGUGUGGUUAAAGUAGCACAGGUAUUUACCAAACAUUACAUAUUGAAAAUGUCUUGUAGGCUUGUCUUUCUUUUACAAUGUCUCCAGGAGACUAACCUAUGCAUUUUAUGUUGAAAGAUAUGUUCUUGAACUCGUUAUUUUUGGGCUGUGCAUGUUUAACUGUCAUUCUGGGGAGAAGGGGAAAUAAUGAUAGUCAAGCAGGACAUUAUGAUAUUGAUAGUCAGAAACAUGUAUAGCCCUUUAUGCAGUUGCUUCCUGUGGGAAAUUCAUGUACUAAAAUCAUGUGAGAGAGUGGCCUUUUCAUGGUUUACCAGCAUGAUAAGUCAUAUUGCAGAAUAGAACCAUCCCACUUGAUAUGAUAUCACUUAAUAUGAUUGUUUCGGCAUAAACCAGUAACAGUGAUGUAGACAAAUUGUUGUCGACAUACCCACUGGACAAAAUAUCCGGAGUGGACAGCCUCAUUCUGCACUAUGGCAAUGUAUUGUACACUUGCCAUCUGUGAGUGAUGUCAAUAUCUUUUCGUCUAGAGGGCCCCUAGUCUGUGACCUUGCCCUUCAUAAUGAAAGCAAGGCUGUGUGGUUUACUACGGUAGUAGCUUGGUGAUGAUUCUUUAUCAUUGGCAUUUUUCUGGGUUUAUCUGUUACUUUACUUACAACUACUUGUACAUGUAUGAUUUACAGGUACGUAUAUAGCAUAAUUUACAUGUGCAAAUGUGCGUGUACAUAUUUACAACCUUUACCAGGUAAAAACUUUAGUCAGUGGCAAUUACAUUGUUGAUACCGUAAAUCCCAUUACCUUCGCAGUUCUAUUUGUUUUUAAAAGCAUCCCUUUCAGAUUUCACCUACAUUUACUUCUGGAAAUAGAUGCAUUUAACACCUUAGUAGUACAGUAUCUUACCCCCAUAGUUUUCAUUUGUGCGCCUUAUUGCAGAAGUUGCAAACGCAAAUGCAUUUUUGAUAGCAGAUCCACAGAAUUUGCAUUUUUCAUUGCAGAGGCUAGAUGUGGUGGAAUAUGCUCUUGAAAAAGAUUGCGUGCAUGAUGCCUCAUUUCUAAUCUUGUUCAGGCUUCUAUAGUGUGAUUGAUACAUCUUGACUUGUCAUCUUUCAAGACUUUCACAUCCUCAAUCUAUGUUGCAAUAACUGUUUUUCUGUGCGAGUGUAAUGUAUAUUGUUUCUUGCUGGAUGAUACAGAGUACAUUAAUACUCUGUUUCCUCUUUGUGUCUUGUCAGUAAACAUUGUGUGAUGUUAAUAUCACUUAAUUAAAUCAUCACUAGUCAAUUACAUUUAUUAUUUCUGAAGUAAUGACCAUCAGAACAUCAUUAGAUCAUAGUGAUGGCCUAAUUUUUUUAGGCCAGGCUUGUUUGUACAGAAAUUAGAAAUUGAAUUUGAGAUUUUGUAAUCGUGUAUUGUAAUUGUAAAUAUGCAUUGAAUAUAAAUUUCAGUGUUGUUGUGUAGACUGCUGGCAAAACACUACAUGUAUGCCACUACGAGCCAACUGCCAUGGCUGAUUGGCUCUGUCGUGUGUUGUUACUGCAAUACUUGCUCUGUCAUGUGUUGUUACUGCAAUACUGACUCUGUCACGUCUUGUUACUGCAAUACUGUUGUAGUUAUUUCUAAUAUUUCAAAUUGAAAGGUUCGGAGCCGAAACGACCUGUGUGCAUUUUCUGUGUUUUGAGAAAACAGCGAAAACGUCACGUAGUUUGUUUAGGCUCUAUCAUAUUCAUAUGUUCUUUAUCACAAAACACAAUCUCACAUUAUCACCAACUGCCGCAUCAUUGAUUAAAUCAUUUGCACAGUUUAACUCUUUGUGCCCAUCAUGGGCAUCACCAAUCUUUAUUGAGCAACCAAAGCAGAAUUUCACCCACUAUGUUUUUUUGCACAAAGGUCGUUUCAGCUAUCAGUCUCGAUGCUUAAUGGGUAAAAUCAAGCCCACAGAAUAUUUUUGGGGGGAUAAACAAGCUGUGUCUCUAUUCUCUACAAUCUGAUGUAUCACUUCCAAAACGACCUACUAGUAGGAACAAAAAAGUAAGCAAUGUGUACAUGAAUGAAACAUGCGCCUUUUUUCAUUAACCUUUUAAACUUCUCCGCUACAUACCAUAAAUCAUAGUGGCAAUACAAAACAUUUCUUUGUUAAUUAAUUAGUUGAUUAAGUCCUGUUUAAAGUAGCAAAUAAUGUCUUUUUGAACAUUUUUUACUUGGCCAACUUGUGUUUGUAAAAUAUUUAGGUUUGGCAGUGAGUGGUUUUUUAGAUUAACUCCGUAACUCAUCAUUUGUUUGUAUAACUUUAUAACUGAUGACUCAUUCAAGCAAAACAGGCACCUGUGUGAAGUGAAUUGAUUUGUUUUACUUUGGAUACGAAAUUUGGUCCUGUACCGUUUGUCCAACCCAAUCCUCAAAUGAAAAAAAAGUGGAAAAGUCCAAAUGUCUGAAAGUUUUCAAGUGAAAAUGUUAAGUAACCCAAAUACCGAUGGGAUGGACCCAGUAACAAGAUGGAUACUAAAAUAAGUCUUUGCCGAGUCCGGCUUUUAUAGUGGUAAAUAAGCUUAGAUAGUAAGCCUCAUGUGUUCAAGAAAGCUUUCCAGAGGAAAUGUGCUAUGUGACAUAAGAAUCAUGUUAGUUUUGCUUAUUUGAGUGUUUUCCUUGAAGAGAAUAUAUAUAUUUUUGUUU